AUGGCAGUGCCUGGCACAAAUUCAACGUUAAAUAACGACUUUUCGCUUGCUGGUUUGCAAAUUUGUGUCUCCAAUGCAAAUGGACAAACAAUCGUCGAUCCAAAUCGAGAUUCUCAGUUUUUUAAGCGCCUUCAAGAUAUUACAAGAGCAAAUAACGAGCUUAGAAAGCGUUAUGACAUCUUGUUUAAUUAUUGGAUUAUGAAGUAUCUGUCCGCACUAUUUCCGGUGAAAAUAUUGAAGGCUUUUUUUUCAAUAAAUGACUGCACGGUUGUGUUUAGCAAUAUGCGUGGACCGGAAAAAGUUUGUAUUCUGAAUAAUUCUGUGAGCAACUGUGUGUUCUGGAUACCAAUCAAAAACACUACUGCUCUCGGCCUAUCUCUGUUAAGCUACGGAGGCAAUUUACAACUGUCUUUAAUAGCUGAUAAGUCAAUCGUAAAGGAUGAAACACUUUUUACGGAGUUAUUAGAAAAUAUUGUAUAUGAAAUAGAGACUGCUUAUAAUCAUGUAGUAAUGAUGCGCCUAUUGAAGCCAUCAGAUUUUCCGAUAGAAACAACAGCGGAGAAAAAUAUCGGCGUGUUUCAAAAGAAGGAAAUAUAAGUGACUGAAAUAUUUUAUCUCUUUUAACCCUCAGCUGGAGCAGUAUUUGUAUUUUCCGAUUCUGGAGCACUGGGUGUGCAACACCCUGAACGUUUUCAUUCGCAUAUAUCUUUGUA